GGGGGUCCCGGCGGUGUCAGGAGCCGCAGGUGCAGCCGCAGCCCCCGGCAGCUCCCCGCCAGGAGCAGGAGAGUUGGCUCCGCAGCCAAGCUCAGCCCUCGGCUGGGUGUGGGAAUCAGGCCUGUGCUGCCACAAGCCCUUGAAUUCGGCCUGGCAUCCAAGUGUCGUCUUACCCUUUUUGCCCCGGCCUCCUCAGUGCCCUCGUUCCCGGAGACCUAUUUCUUUGCCCGGGGGCGCAGGAGUGGAAGGGAGCUGGCAGCAGCCUAAGGAAGUUGUUGGAAGUUAGGUUGGAAGAUGUGAGCAGCGACUUACAGGAAAAGCUGCUGCUUCUGGCAGGUAUUGUUGUGUAGGUUUUUUAAUCAAGCACAGCAAAUACUUGGCAAUUAUCUCGUAAGGAGAAGCCCUGGGCUGCAGCAUAGCUCCUAGUGGUCCAUUGUAAGCAUAAGGGAAUGGACCAAAGUGUUUGGGUCUUGUAUGUGUCAACCCUUUAAUGCCUUUUCUGAAAAGACUUGGAGUCAAAACCUUCGUGAUAUUCUGAAGAGAUGCUGGUUUUAUCAGAGUAGCUCAGCUUCCUAGGCUGUCUAUCCUGAAGACUGGACUUUUGCCAGCCUGCUAGCUUGUUGCCGUGGAAACACCUAAACCCACCUAGAUUUGUAGAAGUAAGGAAGAGCAUGGACACCUCUGCACCUCGCUUGUGCGAGUGGCCAUGUGGAUGUUGUUACAUAUCUAGUGGAAAACAAGUGUAAACUAAAUCUUCUUGACAAUGAUAACAGAUCACCGCUGAUGAAGGCAGUACAGUGCCAGCAAGAAGAGUGUGUGGCUAUUCUGCUAGAGCAUGGUGCUGACCCGAAUCUGGCAGAUGCUGAUGGCAACACUGCCCUUCACCUCGCUGUCAUAUCUCCUAAUACAUCUGUAGCAGGGCUGUUACUUGAGCAUAAUGCCAAUAUUGACGCUCACAAUAAGGAGGGAUAUACCCCGCUUUUUCUUGCUGUCUCUGAACAUCAUGAAGAGAUAGUAGAGUUGCUCCUUAAAAAAGGAGCUGAUGUGCAUGCUCGAGAUCAGUGUGAAAGAACCCCACUUAUGACUGCUGCUUCUGGCGGGGAGCUUAAUUUGAUAAAAGUUCUUCUUCGGUAUGGUGCUGAUGUUUCCCAUAAAGACAGUCAGGGAUGGACAGCUGAGGAUUAUGCUGUUAUUCAUGGAUAUUCUAGUCUUAGUGAACAACUGGCAGAAUACACAGACGGGGAAAACACAGGAGAAGCUUCUGCAGGUGGUGCACAAGGCAUCACGGUACUUAGCACUCCUCACCGGACGGGAGCUGCUGGCUUUACGUUGGGUGCACCUGCUAUGGACAGAGGAGGAAUGCAACAAUCUCCUAACCAGACAUCAAGAACAGGAAAAUCAAGGAAAGCAAUAGAUGACUUUUCCCAAGGAGACUCAAUCAGAAGCUCUGAGAAAGAGGGGAGUGAUGACAGUUGGCAUACUUCUGAGGAAGAAGAACUCGAUUUUACCCCCAAGAAGCUGCAGAAGCCAAACUUGACACUGCUAAUGAAAGCUUCCCAGCUGUUCAGGAAAAACAAUGAUGGUGAUGGUUCUAAAAUUGAAAGUCCUAAGACACCAAAGAGCCGCCUCAAACAAAGAACCCCGUCACAUGCAAACCUGAACAAAGGAGUACGUGGAGAAUUGUUGAAUCAAGAUGUCUCAGAUGGAAGCAACUUUGAGGAAGAAGAAUUGGAGGAGAAGGAUGAUGAUGAAAAUGAGAAUGGAGAUGAUGAUGAUGAAGAUUCUGAGGAGGAGGAGGAGGAUGAAGAGGAUGAAGAUCUGGAAGAUGAAGAAACUCGGUCUAAUGACAUACUGGAGGAGGAGCAGGGAGAGAAAUCAGAACCUAAACGGAAAAUUAAUCAGAAAUUGGAGUAUUUUAGUAAUGCUAAGUUUGAAGGGCAAGCUCAGUGUGGAACUGGAGAUGUCUAUGAUGAUAAAAUAAGUAAAGAACUUGAUGAAGAGGUGGAGGAAUCUGUUGAUACUCCUGUGUCUUUUAUAGCUGGGUGUUUUGAAAGGCUGCAGGAAAAUGUAACUGCCAUGUCUCCAAAGAGAAUGAAUAACGAAGUAUCUUGCAAGUCAGUACCAAAACAACCUGUCUUUCAAAAUGUAAAUAAUUUGCAAAAUACACAAGAAAGCUGGGGCAGGAAAAGCAUGAUUCAGAAGUUUCACAAGAAUGCUGACUCCUUUUUGGCAGACUCUGAAAUGACAGGCUGUAAAAAAGAGCUACUUCAGCCUCUCUCACAUAGUUGUGGUCUUAAAGAGAAAAAGUCGAACUUUGGUGAUGACUUUGAAAGUGGUAAUAAUUCUUCGUCAGCAGCAAAAAACCUAAGGCUUCAAAGUCAAAGACAGAACUCUGUUGUUCUUGAACACAUGGAUGAUGAAGAUACCGAAGAAGAGCAAUAUGAACAAGUAGAUGAUAAAGUCUGUGAAGCACUGAAACAAAGUGAAAGCUUGCACUCAAAUAGGUGUGAAGAAAAUUUAAGAGCAGCAUUUCACUCAAGCACCAAAGAAGAAUCACCUCAACGGGAAGAAGAGGGGAAGGAAGACACUGGUGAAGAGCUCCGAACUACAGUUGUUGAGAGUGUGAAAAAUUCUAUUUGUAAUGAUAGCCAUCAAGUCCACAAUGCUUCAAAAGGCAAUGCUGGUGCCCUGCCACCAGUGGGAGCAGAGGAGGAUGAAGAUGAUGAAUCUCCCUGGGAUUCUGAGAGUAUAGAGACGGAUUCUGAAAAAUAUGAGAAAAGGAUCGUCCGGUGUGUUGCUCUCAGCUGCAGACAGACGUGGAGCGUCCUCACAGGUUGCUUCAGGGGAACACAACAAUGGCCUUCCAGAGAAACCCAGCAACUCCCAGCUGAAGGCUCCUGAAUCUGUUUUGGAAAUGAGCGAAACCUCUCCUAAAAAAAGGCAGCAGAAAUCAGGU